UUUCGCCUUCCGAUUGGAUCCCCCAUUGAAGGUUUGGAGAUGCUUCUCAUCACUUGCUUCAUCUUUGGCCUCUUGGGCAGCCUUGCCUGGGCAGGUCCACAUGCUCGGAGUGUCUGUCCUUCUGGCACCUUUGCCAAUAGAGACAGAAGCCAGUGGUAUUGCUACAAGUUCUAUGAAGAUAUGGCCACCUUUCAAGAAGCUGAGGAAGAGUGUCAGUACAAAUGGAGAGGUCAUUUAGUAUCUUUCACAAGAGACAAGCAGGCAGAAACCGUUGGUGCCUAUAUCAAUAAAGAAAAUACAGAGAAUAACCACGUCUGGAUUGGGCUCCAACGAGAGAAUCUGGCUAGUGCAUGGCGCUGGACUGAUGGAUCACGAUCCAAGUACAGAAAGUUCAACUCGGCACCAUCUCUAGUGGAGUCUUACAAUGAACAUUGCGCUGCCUUCUCUCCUGUAUAUGGGCGCCUGAGUUGGUCUGAGCAGGACUGUAGCAGCAAAUUUCCUUUUCUCUGCAAAUGGAAGCCCUCUUAAGCCGAGUCUGAAGAUGGAGUUAGAGGGCUCCCCAUUGAUUGGAAACCUGAGCUGAGAUCUUUUGGUUCCACCUUCUCCAUGUGCAAAACCUCUUUUCCACAAAGGCCAACUGAAUGCCAAGUAGUUGGUUCCUUGCUUCUCUUCCUCUCUUUCUGAAGAACGUGGCCCUCCCUUGAU